GCGAUCGCCGGUACCCUCAGCUUCAGGAACUGCUUCUGCACAAGUGGCUAAGCGGAAAGGCAAGCAUCGCUCCAAGUCUUUGGUUACUCAGGCUACCCGCUUCUGCACUAGAACUUGUUCCAUUUAGGAUCUGUCACUGGCACUUCUUGCUUUACGCGGAACUAUUACAGUUGAUACCGUUCAGUUCAUCCGGAGAUUACAAGAGUACUGGUAGCGAGCCCCUGUUCUAAAAUGAAGCUUCUACAAGGACUCUUCCUCCUGUUAAUGAUCGUUGCCUGUUCGGCAAAGAGGAUCCAAGAUACAGGAGCAGAUGAUGUGUUCGACAUGUUCGAUGUCACCGGGCUCACACGCAAAAACGUUGGGGUGCACAUGGUCAAGGGUCCCGAAUCUAACAGCCCAGCCUAUAGGAUCCUCAAUCCCGAUACCAUCAGCCCGGCUUCAGAUCACAGUUUCAGGGAUCUGAUCGACCACAUUCAGCAGGAGAGGGGAUUCAUCUUCCUCGCCACCCUGCGGCAGAUGAAGAAGACCCGGGGCACCCUGGUGGCUAUCGACACUCUGGAUGGCACCCGUCUCUUCGAGAUCCUGUCCAAUGGAAAAGCCAACACCCUCGACUUAACCAUCACCAUCGAGGGCAAGCAGAGCAUGGUGUCCAUCACCGAUGCCCACCUGGCCAAUGCUCGCUGGAAGAACCUGACCUUGUUCGUGCAAGAGGACGUGGCGACGCUGUAUGUGGGAUGUGAUAAGGUCAACCAAGUGGAACUGGAAGAAGCCAUCCACAAGGUGUUGAAAUACGGCGACUACAAACUGAGACUGGCCAAAGGAGGCAAAGGUCUCCGCAAUAACUUCCAGGGAGUCCUACAGAAUGUCCGUUUUGUGUUUGGGACCAACAUAGAAACGAUACUGCUGAACAAGGGCUGCUACAGUUCCACACAUGGCAUCGUGUCUUUACCGAUUGGGGGCUCUGAAAGCCCAGCCAUCCGGACCAACUUCUAUGGUCACAAAACAAAGGACCUUCAGACGAUAUGCGGCAUAUCCUGCGAGGAACUAUCCAGCAUGUUCACCGAGCUUCAAGCUCUCAGGACCAUGGUUACCCAGUUGGUUGACAAGGUUCAGAAAUUGACUGCAGAUAACGAACUGAUUGCAAGAGCCAUUGGGAUCAGACAAAUUGGAGGGUGCGUUCAUAAUGGCAUGACCUACAAAGACAAGGAUCAGUGGAAAGUGGACUACUGCACUGACUGCACUUGCCAGUCAUCUGUCACGUUUUGCCAAAGGAUUUCCUGCCCUACUGUAUCCUGUGCAGAUGCUGUGGUUCCAGAUGGGGAAUGCUGUGCCCGAUGCCCAUCAAUUCUGAAUGAAUCCGAGGCUGGCUGGUCUCCAUGGUCUGAAUGGACUCAUUGUUCUGUCACCUGUGGAAUUGGAACUCAGCAGCGAGGUCGGUCCUGUGAUCGGAUUAACAGCGACUGUCAUGGGACCUCUGUUCAGACUCGCAGUUGCCAUUUGGAAGAAUGUGACAAGAGAUUCAAGCAAGAUGGUGGUUGGAGUUAUUGGUCUCCUUGGUCAUCUUGUUCUGUGAGCUGUGGUACUGGAGUGAUCACUCGAAUCCGCCUAUGUAACUCACCAAUGCCACAAAUGGGUGGCAAAGAAUGUGUGGGAGAGAAGAGGGAAACCGAAAAAUGUGAACAGGCUCCGUGCCCAAUUGACGGAAACUGGGGUAUCUGGUCACCAUGGAACCCUUGUACUGUCACCUGUGGAGGAGGAAUACAGAAACGCACGCGUCUUUGUGACAGUCCGGCACCCAAGCAUGGAGGCAAGAGGUGCGUGGGUCAACCUCGGGAGACCCAGAUUUGCAACAAACUGGAGUGUCCAAUUGAUGGAUGUUUAUCAAAUCCAUGCUUUGCUGAGAGCAAGUGUACCAGCUUCCCAGACGGCUCCUGGGAGUGUGGUCCAUGCCCGUCUGGCUACAAAGGUGAUGGCAUUCACUGUGAGGACAUUAAUGAGUGCGUGGAAGUGCCUGACACCUGCUUUCACACCAAUGGAGAGCACAGGUGCGAAAACACAGAACCCGGUUACAACUGCCUGCCCUGUCCAGCUCGGUACACUGGAAAUCAACCAUUUGGCAGAGGCAUCGAGGAGGCUACAAAGAACAAGCAGAUCUGUGAGCCACGCAAUCCCUGCAAAGAUAAGACAAACAACUGCAAUAAACAUGCCAAGUGUAUUUACCUUGGUAUCUUCAGUGACCAGAUGUUCCGCUGUGAAUGUAAGCCUGGUUUUGCUGGCAACGGCAUCAUCUGUGGAGAAGAUACUGACCUGGACGGUUGGCCAAAUAAAGAUCUCACCUGCGUUGCCAAUGCAACUUACCACUGCAAAAAAGAUAACUGCCCAUUGCUGCCUAACUCUGGACAAGAAGACCAUGAUAAGGACGGAAUUGGAGAUGCCUGUGAUAACGAUGAUGAUAAUGAUGGCAUUCCAGAUGAGAGGGACAAUUGCCCUUUCCUGUUUAACCCUACGCAAUAUGAUUACGACCGGGAUGAUGUGGGUGAUCGUUGUGACAACUGCCCUUAUAACAGUAACCCUGACCAGACAGACACUGAUGGAAAUGGGGAAGGAGAUGCCUGUGCCAUUGACAUUGAUGGAGAUGGUAUUUUAAAUGAGAAGGACAACUGUCCUUAUGUGUACAAUGUUGAUCAGAGGGACACAGAUUUAGAUGGCAUUGGUGAUCAGUGUGACAACUGUCCACUAGAACACAAUCCAGAUCAAACUGAUUCAGACUCUGACCUUGUGGGAGACAAGUGUGACAACAACAUGGAUAUCGAUGAGGAUGGUCAUCAGAAUAAUCUGGACAACUGCCCCUACAUUGCUAAUUCCAACCAGGCAGACCACGACAAGGAUGGCAGGGGUGAUGCCUGCGAUCAUGAUGAUGAUAAUGAUGGUAUUCCUGAUGACAGGGAUAACUGUCGAUUGAAAUUCAACCCCAACCAAACUGACUCUGAUGGUGAUGGUCGAGGCGAUGCUUGUAAGGAUGAUUUUGAUGGAGACAGUAUCCCGGAUAUCUAUGAUGUUUGUCCUGAAAACUUCGAAAUCACUGAGACCGAUUUCCGCAAAUUCCAAAUGGUACCACUGGAUCCAAAGGGAACAUCCCAAAAUGACCCCAAUUGGGUUGUGCGACACAAGGGCAAAGAGUUGGUGCAGACAGUUAACUGUGAUCCUGGCAUUGCUGUGGGAUAUGAUGAAUUCAAUGCAGUUGACUUCAGUGGAACAUUCUUCAUCAAUACCGAACGUGAUGAUGAUUAUGCUGGAUUUGUUUUUGGAUACCAGUCCAGUAGCCGCUUCUAUGUGGUAAUGUGGAAGCAGAUCACACAAACUUACUGGCAUGAUACACCAACCAAAGCUCAGGGAUAUGCUGGACUCUCCAUCAAAGUGGUGAACUCUACAACUGGUCCAGGAGAGCACUUGCGUAAUGCACUUUGGCACACUGGGAAUACAGCAGGACAAGUUAAAACUCUGUGGCAUGAUCCCCAUAACAUUGGCUGGAAGGACAAGGCAGCUUACAGAUGGCAAUUAACCCACAGACCAAAGACUGGAUUUAUCCGAGUUGUAAUGUAUGAAGGGAAGAAAAUUAUGGCAGACUCUGGAGCAAUCUACGACAAGACCUAUGCUGGAGGACGGUUGGGUCUCUUUGUCUUCUCUCAAGAAAUGGUUUACUUCUCUGAUCUUAAAUAUGAAUGUAGAGAUUCUUAAUUAACAGUCGUGGAUGUGGAAAUGUUUAAGAAACCGGUGUUGCACCUAUCUAUUUUCUUGGAGCCAUUGUUUCCUCCUUCUUUGUUUUACUUACGGAAAGCACAUGACCUGCAUUGGCUGAUAGAACUCACUGGAUGAUAUCAACUUAAAAUACAGCAAUGUCUGCAAGGAAAUUAUUCCCUAGAUCAUGACUCAGUAUAAUGUUUCCACUUCUGACAAAUGCAAAUUACAGGUACAUUUAAACAAAACCUCUUGCAUCUGGAAAAGGCAAAUCAUUAAUCAUUCCAAUUCUACUACAUCUCAUGGCAGGAGGCCCCGUGAAAGGAGACUGCACACUGUUAAUGAGACUAUCUCUGCUGUGGACUUUUUCUCAAAUAAAAAGAGAUGAGGACCAUUCUAUGGUGAAAGGAUAGCUGAGGAUUAAAUGAGCAGAAAAAGAACUCACAAAUGGGGUGGGAGAACUGUGAUAGAUCUAUUAUGUGCAAAUAUAUCUGGAAGACACCUUGGAGGAACUGUUUCUUGUUUUGUAUUGGAACUUGUUUAUUAUACAAAAUUAAUAUGUGUGAAUACUAGCAGAAUUAGUCAGUUGAUUACACACAUGAAAAUCUAAUUCCGUAGAUCCUGAGCCCACUGUAAAUCACAUCAAAACCAACCAUCUCUCCAGGUAUGUGCUGACCAGAUUAAGUUAAAGGUUGCAAAAUCUAUCUUCAGGUCUUGUUGCCAGGAAGAGUUUAUGAAGAUCAAACAUAACUUCGGCUCCUAUAGGAUAAGAUUGCUGUCACUUGCUUUUAUUCAAAGUGAAGCUAGUCUGAUGAUGGCAAGUUAAGUUAGAAGAGCAGUCCACAAGUAUUCUCUUCUGCACUGAUACUAGCCACCAUGGAAGGAGUGUUUGCUUCAAAUACUAUGGUUUUAAAAAAGGCGCAAGUGGACAGUUGAGAGAUUGCUCUUCUCUUAACCUAACAUUUGUUAAAAUAACAAAUUGUUGUGCCUGUAGAUAUUUUUUUAAAAAGUCAUAAAUUAUUUAUUUUCUUAUCCUGGGUGAAAUAAGAUUGAAGGACACUUUAAAAAAAUGCGGCAGACUAUCCAUGAGAAUUUAUCAUAGUCUUUGUAUGCAUUCUAAGAUUGUAAAUACAGUGAUUAUUUAUUAAUAUUGUUCUAUAUUGAUGCUAGCUAGUUUAGGUUUUUUAUUAUUUGUUGAAACAUUUUGUUCUACUGCCCAACCUAAAGGGUAGCCCAUAGGUGAAGCUGAAAGUGAGGGACUCCGCUGGAGUCUGUAAUCUUGUUUUUGCAGGCUGUUGGGCCGUGAGAUGCAGUUGUCUCUAUUUUGCUCCUAACAAAGUAGCCCUUUUAGAGCCUAGAACUUUUUUCAACCAUGUGAUACACAUGGAUCUAUAUGGUUUCCAAAAAGAGAAAAAGGUGAAACUUUUCUAUGUACAAAUAUUACCUCACUGUUGUCUGAUCAAUAAGAACCUUUAGAUCAAGCAGCAGAAAACCUUGCUCAUGUGUCUAAAGUCUCUCAAAGCUACUGUAGUAUUAAAGGCUGUGUACAUAGUCAAAAAUUUAUUUUUACAGAAGAAAAAUGUAUUGCCCCAUAACAAAAAAUGUUAACAGCAACUAGUGUUCUCAAACUGGCUCAUGUUUUCUCCCAAAAUUAAUAGUAUGUCAUUGCUCUUUAUCAAAAGAAAACAAAAAGUUGUAUAAAUUAUUGAGUUUUUUCUGGUGAAACUUGUAACAUUAAGCAAGUAAACAAAUCUCAUUAUUUUGUAGAUAUGCUAUUUAAGUAAUUUAUCAGGAAAUGCUACCUAGAGUUAGUGUUUCUGUCUGUAUGAAAUCUUUUGCACAUUGAAUUCAUGUUGCUUUUUACAUAUUGUUUUAUCAAUAGGAGUUGCUUUUUUGUACAUCUUUCUAGCCAUUUUACAAUUAAAGCUGUUAAAAUCAAACAUUGCUGUUUAUAACAAACAUGAAAUUACUAUAAAACAUUUAGAACCAAUCUCUCUCGUUGUGUAAUU